AAUCUCCCGCGUUCCCAGUGAAGCGGAAAUAGAAAGCCUUCUGUUUUCUAUUUAAGCGCGCCAACAAAGGCUGUCACACACAUUUAUCUGACUUUGUUUCAUGUCCACCCACCUCACCUGUUUCCUCUCGUCCUCGAACAAUGCCGGAGGAAACGUCCAGCUCUGCGAGUGUGGAGGAGCAGCCGUGCUCGUCGUCAGCUGCCGCUGCAGACAGCACUGCUGACGCGAUGGAGGAGGCAAAGAAGCUGAUCGGCACAGGGAAGAAGCAUCUGGUGAUGGGAGAUGUAGUCUCUGCAGUCAGUGUCUUCCAGGACGCCUGCAGCAUGCUGGCUGCAAAGUACGGGGACACUGCUGACGAGUGUGGCGAGGCCUUCUUCCUGUGUGGGAAGUCCCUGCUGGAACUUGCCAGGAUGGAGAACGGUGUCUUUGGUAAUGCCCUGCAGGGAGUCCCAGAAGAAUCGGAGGAAGAGGAGCAGCCAAGUAACUCCAAUAUCGAGAGUGCCGAUAGUCUUGAUGAGGAAACUAGAGAGGAGCUACGAAAGCAGGUGUAUGAUGCAAUGGCAGAGGAGGGAAGGUCUGGGCCAGGCAAGCUGGAGUCUGAGGAUGGAGAGGGCAACACUGAGGUCAAAAAGGAAAAUGGUGUGGCAAAGUCCCCGGUCAAACACAAAGAGGUGACUGGAUCAGAGGAACCAACUUCCCCUGUGAGGGAGGAGAAUCCAGUCCAGAAAGCUGAAGUGAACGGAGUUGAGAAGAGCCCAGUCACUACUGUAAAUGGUGUUGAAAGUCCAUCAGGGUCUUCUGGAAAAGAAACUGCAGUAAAGGACAUGGAGGCAAAGCCAGAGGAGGAAUACGAGGCAGAGCAGGAUGGAGAGCAACCCGAGGACGACGACGACGACUGUGAGGAUGGAGAGACAAAUGGACAAGAGAAGGAAGAAGAUGAAGUUGAGAAUUUGCAGUUGGCGUGGGAGAUGCUGGAGGUCGCUAAAGUCAUCUACAAAAGAAGGCAAGGCAAAGAGGACCAGCUGAUGGCAGCCCAGACAUAUCUGAAACUUGGAGAAGUCAGCGCUGAGUCAGGUAACUAUCCCCAGGCACUAGAGGACUUCCAGGAGUGUCUGUCCCUGCAGCUGAAGCACUUGCUUCCACACAGUCGUCUGCUGGCUGAGACCCACUAUCAUGUUGCCACCACCCUUUGCUACAUGGCUCAGUACAGCCAGGCCAUCCAGCACUACAACAGCUCCAUACAAGUCAUUGAAACCCGACUGGCUAUGCUCCAGGAGGUGAUGGCUGCAGCAGAUGGGGCAGCAGAAGAGAAGAAUGAGAUGGAGGAGCUGAAGCAGCUUCUGCCUGACAUCAGAGGAAAGGUUGAAGAUGCCAAGGAAAGCCAGAGAACAGCCAUCGCUGCCUCCCAGGCCAUCCAGCAGACACUAAGAGGAGCCUCCACCUCAUCAGCGUUCCUGUGUGAAAAUGGGGGCCCUUCAUCCUCUUCAGCAUUUGCUGCUAGCAGCCAGAUCCCGGUUAAAUCACCGGACAGCGCCUCGUCUUCCAAAGCAGCUACAGACAUCUCUCACCUCGUCAGGAAAAAGAGGAAACCAGAGGAGGAGAGCCCAGUAAAGGACACUGAUGCUAAACAAGUGAAACAGGAAGCCACAGUUAAUGGCAGCGGUGACUCUAGUGCCAGCAACGGCAAUGGAGUCCAGGAGGGCAAAUCACAGGAGCCUGCCAGCCAGUCCUCCUCUGUCCAGUCUUAGGCUUGACUGCUUUCGUCUCGUUCCUGUUCUACAAAACCAGCACAGCAUGCCUGUUCAGCCCUCAGCUGUCACUUGUUCAACACUUGUUCAUGUAAAUAAAUCCAUUUUCAUAGGUUUGUUCAGUUUUGUAUACUUGUAGUAAAAAGAAUAAAAACUCUGCAGAUGUAA